UCCGUUCUAGUCACUACCGCGCAAGCAUGGACUCUGGGCCUGAGGAGCUGAUGCCACGGCUCCUUCCAGUAGGGAAGUGCGACCUGAUGGAGGAUUUCGAUCCUGCAGUUCCCCCUCGCACACCGCAGGAAUAUCUGAGGCGGGUCCAGAUUGAGGCUGCACGAUGUCCUGAUGUAGUCAUUGCUCAGAUUGAUCCUAAAAAACUGAGAAAGAAGCAAACAGUCGGUAUUGCUCUGUCUGGAUGCCAGCCUGCUCCUGAAGGAUAUUCACCAAGUCUUCUAUGGCAGCGACAGCAGGUAGCUCAAUUUUCAGCUGUACGUCAGAGUCUCAACAAGCACAGAAGCCAUUGGAAAACGCAACCCCUUGACAGUAAUGUAAUGAUGCCAAGCACAGAGGAUGAGGAAAGUUGGAAGAAGUUCUGUUUGGGUGAGAGGUCAUAUUCUGAUCUGGCAGCCGCACUCAACACUGAAAAUCUAAACACUGGGAUUGAUUAUAUAAAGGUGGGUUUCCCUCCUUUGCUGAGCAUUGUCAGUCGAAUGAGUCAGGCUACUGUUACAAGUGUAUUGGAGUACCUGGUGAAUUGGUUUGAAGAAACAGAUUUUACUCCAGAACUGGGUCGGUGGCUGUAUGCCUUGCUUGCCAGUUUGGAGAAACCCUUGCUGCCAGAGGCCCAUUCACUUAUUAGACAGUUGGCACGCAGAUGUUCGCAAGUCAGAUCUGGAGUGAAACACAGAGAAGAUGAGCGAGUGUCUGCUUUAAACCUGUUUAUAUGUCUAGUUGGAAGAUAUUUUGAGCAACGAGAUCUAGCUGAUCCUAGUGACCCAUCUUGAUGUUAUACAACUACCCGACCCCCAUUUUUUUUCCUACACAGCAAUACCUAAACCCAAGGAUUAAAUUGUGCACCAACGUUCUUUUCUUUUGCAAAUUUUGAGAGAAAAGUAUUAUCAUAAUCAAUGUUUGCAUGUUAAUAUCUUCCAAAUCAGUAGUAAUAAUGAACUUGGCAUCAAAGACUCAAAAAAAUAAAUCAAUGCUGAUCUACACUUUAAUCAUUUACCGCACUUAUUGGCCAAUAAUAGUGUGUAAGUGCCUAAAAGGUUUUGGAAAACAUAUGUUCAUACCGUUUAACUCCCCUGCAUUGAACCCAGAUCCUGCUAGAAGGACCUGCAUGAAUUCCUUGCUGGGACUGAUGCGGUUGAAGCCGUUUGUAGCAUGUAAAACUGUGAAACUUACAGAUCCUUAUUUGUAUUGCUUCAUUCUCUUACUGUUUUGUGCAUGUGGAUAUUUGCCUCUGCCUUUUUUCAUGAGAUCUAAACAUAUAUAUUUUGUAUACAUAAAAUGACACAAAUUACUAUGUUAUUGAAUAACAUACUGUUAUGCAGAGGUCAGUCUUCCUCCCCUUUAAAUGUUUAAGAAAAUUUUACCGUAUGUAAUUUUAUGUGCUAACUAUACAGAUAAAUACUUUAAAGGGGUUCUCUGGAAAUGACCAUCAGCAACUUGUCCUAGUGUGGAAUAGGAUUGGUUGCCUCUAUUAGCAGAGCUGACUAUGGGGAGGGGGGGGGGGGUUCGGGGAUGAGGCCUCACUACAGUUCUCUACAAUAGGUGGUAAUGAUGCAAUUCUGCCUUUUUGAUAUGCCAUCAUGGCUGAGCAACCUGACAGGAAAACUCACCAAUAUGUAGUAUAUGCAAGUGCUAGAGCAGUGAUGGUGAACCUUUAAGAGACAGAGUGCCCAAACUGCAACCCAAAACCCAUUUAACCUGAAUACCAAUAUAGUAUAUCUUCCAUGUACUUUAUCAUUUAGCUAUAGCCUGCCUACAUUCAGUGAGCUGCUUUUGCUGUUCAUAGUGCGCCCUGCGCUGAUGAAUGGCAAGAAAGGUCUAAGGGAUUUGGGUAUACCAUAGACUUUUUCCAGGGUCCGGAUGUCCACAGAGAGGGCUUUGAGUGCCACCUGUCACCCGUGCUAUAGGUUCGCCACCAGUGUGCUAGAGUUUAGUGAGGCCCCGCCCGCUAACCCAUCUAGGCAGCAAUGCAAGUAGAAGCAACCAGUCCUGGCCACAUUCUAGGACAGGUUGUUGGCUACCAUUUUAAAUUAUUCUCAGAGAACCCCUUUAAAAUAACUUUCUUAUUUUCAUUAACCUUUUGUGAAGUAGUGGCAACUAAUUGCCUUAAGUGUGAUUAAAAUUCAUAUUUCCAAAUACAUUUGCAGAAUUAAUGUCAGUUUUAUCAUUUGUAUGUUCAAUUGUCAGUUUCUUUACAUAAAAGUUGUUUUUUACUAUA